GGCUGCACAGCACAAAACAAGCGGCCAGGUGCAGUUUCUUUAGUUCUUUGCUGUAGAUAUGCAGUGUAUUUUGCAUUUAGGAGAUUCAAGAGAAAGCCAUCAAAAAUUCAAAAUACUAUAAAUUGAGGUGCUGUGAAGUCAUUUUCUAACCCUGACACAAACUUGUACUCCAAUAUGAUGUCCAUAAAAGCUUCCGUUUUACUACUAGCACUUGCUUGCAACACAAAUGCAAAGGCACUCUCGAAACGUGGCUACAGAUCUUCUACAGAAGCCAUCUGCAACCGUGCAUGGUCCAAUAGUGGUUCAAGCGGAAAGACUGACUGUACAGGAGCUGAUUGGAUUUUCUCUUCGGUAGGUGACAGAAGUAGUGCAGUAUCAGCUGGAUUAAAAAAUUCUGCCGUUACAUCCAUGGCCUACUUGUCGGUAGGCACUGUAAACACAGACUUUCCUGCCGACCCUAGGCUAUCUGCCUAUACCUGGGAGGAAAACAGUGAUUCAAAUGGCCAAGGAGGACUUUGGGGGGAUCAUUGGUUUAACCCAGAUGAUCUUGUUCCACAUAUCUUGCCCAUAAUGAAAGACAUCAUGGACGACUACAAAGCGCAGGGCUUCAAUGCGAUCAGCACAGACAAUGCCAAACCAUCAGACGCAGUAACUGAUAAUGAUUCAGUAGCUGCAAGGCAUCGUGCGAAUGACCGCAUUGACCCACGAUAUGUCGAGUACAUGGCAGGCAUCGUAGACUAUGCACAUUCUAUUGGUAUGAAAGUGGCGUUGAAGAACCCUUCCUUCUAUGUGAACGAACCUAGUAUAAUACACAAAUUCGAUGCUUAUAUUGUAGAAUCCCUCUUCAACUGGUACCCGUACGAUAUUGACAACUACAACGGCAGUCCUAAUCUACUUACUGGAUCAAAACCUAUGUGGAUAUUCCAAUAUGAGGGUAUCAAUGGGUUGAGUAAUUCAAAAUUGCGAGAACGAAUGGUGGAGCAAGGCGUGGAAACGACAUACAUGGAUACCAACAAUGGUUGGGUGGAAUUCCAUGCCACGCAGUAGAAGACGCACCUUAGAACCAUAGAACAAUUAUCGAUACUGUCAAAAAUCUUUAUGUGGAUAUUAUCGCGCGUACUGUGCAUAGCAACACCGUUUCCAAGAAUUAUGGAGUGAAUUAUGGAGUAUGCAUGUACCCGCUGGAUGGAACGCCAUGCGAGAGUAUACUCUGACCAAUAUAUGGUUCUUUGUAGUAGUCGACUACGAGGAUAACCUGUUUUGGCAACCUUUCCUACAAUCUUUGUAGUAGUCGACUACGAGGAUAACCUGUUUUGGCAACCUUUCCUACAAUCUUUGUAGUAGUCGACUACGAGGAUAACCUGUUCUGGCAACCUUUCCUACACUGACUUAAUAAAUAAUCUUUUUUUUUACGUUGCGAACCC